AUGACGUCCUGUAUAGCCACAGCUGAGGGAAUCUGGAGUCCCGUACUCUUACGUGAAGUGUGGGAAUUUCUGGUCUUGUCUCAUGGUCCUUCACAGUGCCUUCUGCCCUCAAGGAAGGACACGGACUCCGUCUUUAGGGCAUCCUCCCAAGCUCCUCCAGCAAAAGCACCUCUCCUGACUAUUGUACUGGAAGGUGAAAUGGGACAGGAUAAAUCUGCCAGUAUAGCAGUUUUCGAAAUAAAAAUAACUCCUGGAUACUGUAUUGAAUGUGACUUUGAAGAAAAUCAUCUUUGUGGCUUUGUGAACCGCUGGAACCCCAACGUCAACUGGUUUGUUGGUGGAGGGAAUAUUCGCAAUUCUCAGUCUAUCCUGCCCAAAGACCACACACUUAACAGUGAACUGGGUCACUACAUGUAUGUGGACUCUGUUUAUGUCAAACAUUUCCAGGAAGUGGCCCAGCUAAUCUCACCAAAGACCACUGCCCCAAUGUCUGGCUGCUUAUCUUUUUAUUAUCAACUUAAGCAGGAGAGUAGCAUUGUAUUUACCGUUUACUUGAGAGACACAAGUGGCUUUUAUGAAGAGAUCUGGAAGACAGACAGUGCACUGAGCAUGGACUGGGCACUAGCAGAAGUUGACUUCAAUGCGCCGUACCCCAUGGAGGUAAUAUUUGAAGUUGCUUUCAAUAGUGCCAAGGGAGGUUACGUUGCCCUUGAUGACAUUUCUUUCUCUCCAGUUUACUGCAGCAAUCAGACAGGAACUCCUUUCAAUCCUGCUGAGGCAGGCUGCAAUUUUGAGGAAGAUCUGUGUAAUUUCUACCAGGAUCCCAAAGACGGCCCAGGAUGGAGCAGAGUGAAGGUGAAGCGUAAUGUGUACAGAGCAGGAGAUCACACUACCGGAUUCGGUUAUUACUUGUUGGCAAACACAAAGUUUACAUCACAGCCUGGGUACAUUGGACGUCUGUAUGGCCCGACCCUGCCAGGAAACUUGCAGUUUUGUCUGCGUUUUUAUUAUGCCUUAUAUGGGUUUUUCAAAAUGAGUGGUACUCUUGCUGUUUAUAUCUUUGAGGAGAAUCAUGUUGUUCAAGAGAAAAUCUGGUCCGUCUUGGACUCUCCAAAGGGAGUUUGGACUCAAGCGGAAAUCUCUUUCAAAAAGCCUAUGCCUUGCAAGGUUGUCUUUGUCAGCUGGUGUAAAAGCUUCUGGGACUGUGGACUUGUGGCACUGGAUGAUGUAUCACUGAGCCUGGGAAGCUGCCAGGCUGCUGAUCUAUUGCUGCCCAAUCCUGGAGAGUGUACUUUUGAAAAAGAUGAGUGUGUGUUUACCCAGAAGAAGAGAGGUCGUGGGAGUUGGCACAGGAGGAGGGGUCCAACUCCCACGUCUUACACCGGACCAAAAGGAGACCACACUACUGGGGUAGGAUACUACAUGUAUAUAGAGGCAUCCAACAUGGUCUAUGGACAGAGAGCAUACCUAGUUUCAAGGUCACUAAGAGGAACUUCUGGAAAACAGUGUCUGACAUUUUUCUAUCACAUGUAUGGAGCUGGCACUGGAUUACUAAGUGUUUAUCUUAAAAAGGAAGGUGAUGAUGAAGAGAUCCCUUUGUGGAGGAGGACAGGGGAACAAAGCAUCUCAUGGCUAAGGGGACUGAUAGAAUAUGAAAGUGAUAGAAACUACCAGAUUAUUUUUGAGGCGAUCCGCGGUGUGUCAGUAAGAAGUGACACUGCUAUUGAUGAUAUUCUGUUCCAGGCAGGACCCUGUUUAGAAGUGGAAGAAAUUCAAUUCUCAUCAGGCUAUCCUGACAACUUAAAUGAAAUUGAGUAUUAAAUAUAGUCUGCUGAAAGGAAUGAAGUGCGUAGAAGAUGUGUAUGUGAGAAACUGCACAAACUGCCUAUUUUAAAGUACAUUUUAAGUAAAUACUGGACUGGUUUGAAUAUGCACCCAUGUAUAGGAAGAACUCAGAGCACUCAUGUUCCUCGCCUUUGCAAUGAAAUUACUGACUCAGGGCUUCUUAGACUGUUUUUUUAUAUAUUUCUCUUUUGCAUGAGGUAUCAGUUACUAUAUAAAGGCUUCCCAUUUUGCACAGAUCAUUAAUUUUAAUGCUGUUUUUUUUAACCUUUCUGGUAUAUAGGUAAAAAGAGGAAAGUAUAAGUGCACAAUUAAAAUCCACUAUUGUGUUAUCUUAAAUCUGCAUUCAGUGAAUGUUUUGUGUUGGGUACAGAAUGGAUUUUUGUUAAGGAAAUUAUAAAUAUUUUGAAAUAAUAAAGAAAAUAGUAUUAGCUACUAGUAA